AGCAGCGCAAGUUCCAAUAUGGGAAUUACUGCAAGUACUAUGGGUACCGCAAUCCUUCCUGUGAGGACGGGCGCCUUCGGGUGUUGAAGCCUGAGUGGUUUCGCGGCCGGGACGUUCUCGACCUGGGCUGCAACGUGGGCCACUUGACCCUGAGCAUUGCCUGCAAGUGGGGCCCGUCCCGGAUGGUGGGCCUGGAUAUCGAUGCCCGGCUCAUCCACUCGGCCCGCCAAAACAUCCGACACUACCUGUCCGAGGAGCUGCGCCUGCCGCCCCAGACUGCUGGGGGGGACCCAGGGGCGGCGGGUGAGGAAGGAGCCAGCACCGUCCGAAAGAGGAGUUCCUUUCCAGCCUCGCUGACAGCCAGCCGGGGUCCCAUCGCCGCACCCCAAGUGCCACUGGAUGGAGCGGACACGUCAGUCUUCCCCAACAAUGUUGUCUUCGUCACGGGUAACUACGUGCUGGAUCGAGAAGAGCUGGUGGAGGCCCAAACACCCGAGUACGAUGUGGUGCUCUGCCUCAGCCUUACCAAGUGGGUGCAUCUGAACUGGGGAGACGAGGGGCUGAAGCGCAUGUUUCGCCGGAUCUACCGACACCUGCGCCCUGGAGGCAUCCUCGUCUUAGAGCCCCAGCCCUGGUCAUCCUAUGGCAAGAGAAAGACUCUCACGGAAACAAUCUACAAGAACUACUACCGAAUCCAGCUGAAGCCAGAGCAGUUCAGCGCCUACCUGACAUCCCCAGAAGUGGGCUUCUCCAGUUACGAGCUUGUGGCCACACCCCACAACACCUCUAAAGGCUUCCAGCGUCCUGUGUACCUGUUCCACAAAGCCCGUUCUCCCAGCCACUAAGUGGUCGCCUGAACAGAAAGUAUGAGGAGGCUGCCUUCGCUGCUCCUGAGGACCUGGGGGAAGGGGAAAGCAUCCCAAGACCUUUCCUUUCUGACUCCAAAGAGUUUCUUUUCUGGAUCUGCAAAGAAGCGUUUCUUCUGUUGCUGCCCCAGCCUCUCCCCUGUGCCUCUGGCACCUAAGCAGAUCCAGCUGUGCUGGAGCUCCCAUCAUCUUCCUCUCCCCCAGCCUGCUGAGCUGGGUGGCAUGGACUGUUUGCUGACCUUUUGUUCUCCUAGGGCACGGGGGGCGGGUGUCAAAUGAUCUAGCCCUUCCUCCUGUUCUUCCAAGGAGAGAGAUUCCCACUUCUCCUCAGCUUUCGUCCCUAGCUGCAUUUCAGUGGACCACGGAUAGAUGGACUGAGGGCUAGAGGGGGAAGCUUGGCAGGGAGGCACGCAGGUACUGUGAAAAUCCUUCCCUUCGCUGUCCCCCAGCGGGCGAGGGGGUUGGGUUUUCGAUGUGAGCACAGCACAAUAAAUUUGAUGUCUAGGGCAGUGGCCCCCACACCUGU